UAUCUCAAAUAGGAACCGGGCUGAUGCGAAUCAAAUUGGACGCGCAUCCGAUGAUUCGAUGCGGUGCCGAACCGAUGAUCACACUGGAAGUAUUACACUUGUGGCGGCGAUACACAGACCACGUUUCGAACCGUACAAUCCAGGCGGGCAUCUAUCCACACGCGAUUAAUAAUGCAACCAGAGCCUAUAUUCUGGAAACAAUUCAACGUAUGGGACCGGAUGCGCGUGUACUGUGUCACAAACAACCAGCCACGUUUGAUUAUUUGGCGAUUUUGGGUCAGUUAUUUCCCACGGCAAAAUUCAUCCACGUUUUUCGUGAUGGUCGGGGAGCAGUAGCAUCCUCUAUAAAGUGA